AUGGCCACAUUGAGACACCCUGAUUUGGCUGGAGGUUUGAAGGCCGACUCUCAACUCGCAGGGACUUGCAGCGCGGCUGAGAGAAAAGUUGCGAGAUGUCCCUUCACCAUCGAGAGUAUCCUGGGGCUCGGGAGAAAGGAGAAGACCACCUGUGCCGUCGCCCCCCACCGCCCGUGGGCUGAGAUGCUGAACGUUGCAGCCUCUCCUGGGACCUCUUGCCCAAUCUCCUCCGAGGGAUAUUGUCACCUGCCCGGCGGUGGGAAGGUAGACCAGGGGGGCGAUGGAGCCAGAUGGUGCGGCCACAGAGAGGACCUCUUCUCCCCGCCCAACUGUUGCUGGUUCCGUGGCCGGAGACCCAGGACGGCGUUCACCAGGAGGCAGAUUGAAGUGCUGGAGGAAGAAUUCAGACAGAAUUGUUACCCAGGGAUUGAUGUCCGCGAAGAACUAGCUCGGAAAUUGGCUCUGGACGAAGAUCGAAUUCAGAUCUGGUUUCAAAAUCGCCGGGCAAAGCUGAAACGAUCUCACCGGGAAUCUCAGUUUUUAAUGGUGAAAAAUGCAUUGAUAAGUUCGGACGUACAAAGGCAGAAACCAGGAGCGCGGCUAUGAGGACCUGAUCAGCAGAGCAACCAUGGGUACCUUGUGAACUAUCUGGCAUCCCAUUGUGCAACCAGGGACAUGUGGGGCAGGACAGUGUGUAGCGGCACAA